GCGGCAGCCCCGCCGUGCGGACGCAGGCGCGUUAGCGUCCUGCCGGCAGGGCGCCUGCGCAGUCACGGCGGGCAGCCGGUUUCCUGUCAUGGCGGCGGAACUGGUCUGAAUUGAAAGGAGGUCAAUAGAAAGAGAAGCCAAGGUUCUGAUGUAUCCAGGAAGUCGGAAUGGCGCCGCUAUCUCGGCAGGAGUUUUUCAGACAGCUCUCUGGGGGAUGUGUGCUGCCCACUGCCCAGCAGGGCUUCGAGCAGGUCUGGCAUCUCCUGCUUCUCUGCCUGGCCUGCCGCCUUUUCUGCAGGACGGGUUUGCCACCAUGGAUCAAGCACUUGGCAACGGUAGCUGGGGGCUUUUACUGCCUUCACCAUUUCUUCCAGCGGCAGAUGGUCUGGGUGGUGUUGCUGAGCCUGAUGUGCUACAUCGUUCUCUUCCUGUGUCGCCACUCACAGUAUAAAGGCGUCUUCCUGUCCGUCACUAUCCUCAUCUUCCUGCUCAUGGGGUGAGUGGUAUCUGUGUCCUUUCUGAUGUCUUUCCCCUCACCCUGGGAGCCCCUUCCAGGCGCACAGAUGAUUGUGGCCAUGAAAGCCAUCUCCCUGGGCUUCGACCUCGAUCGGGGCACGGUCAUCGCGAUGCCUUCCCCAGUCGCAUUUAUGGGCUACAUCUACUUUGUGGGGACAGUGAUCUUCGGGCCUUGGAUAAACUUCAGCAGUUACAUGAAGGCAGUGGAAAGCCAGAGGAUGACCCGCAGCUGGUUUAUGAAGGUGUCGGGAAGUCUGCUGAAGAGUUUGCUGUGCUUGGUGGUCUCCACGUGUGUCGCCCCUUAUCUCUUCCCCUACUUCAUCCCUGUCCAGGGGGAGAGAACACUCAAAAGGGAUCUGGAAGUGUCCAGGCCUCUGAGUGUGGAGCUCCCUCGGUCCAUGGUGCUGGUUGUGACCAACUGGAACGUCCCAAUGUCUCGAUGGCUCAAUUCCUAUGUCUUCAUGAGUGCCCUGACCUUGGGCAAGUUCCCAGCCAUUCUGGUUACCUAUGCUGCUAGUGCCCUCCUCCAUAUGGCAGUUUGCUCUCGCCCCGAUGUUCAAAUGCCCUCUUCUUUUAUACCCCUGAUGACCUAG